AUGCUGGGUAUGGCGCCCUCGGGUGAAGACCAGGCGCGUAUCUCGAUCCAAGUGCCGAUUAACGACGAAGGAUCGGUGGGGGACGCGUUCAUUGCGCCGAGUUCCUCUUCGGAGGAUAUCUCGCUCCCACAAGAUACGCUAAAGGAGGGGGAGGCACGUACCGUGUACAAGAAAACGCUUACGCCUUACGCAGCGAGCGACACGACGUCGGACGACGAAGAGGAACUUCGCCUUCUGUAUCCGUCGCCGCCACCAUCGCCUCCCAAGGUCAACAAUGCCAUGGACGUAGAUGAGGGUACGCCUGUUUCGAGCCAGCGCUGCGUCACACCGCACCCGACGGUAGCGCCGCCGCAGGUCGUCCCUCCACGCAACCGCACCGUGGCACUGCCACCAACGGAGCAGUACAACGACCUCAGCAAACUGCCGCAGUUUAUCACCGACCCGAUGGCGCGCCUUCGUCUUCGCCGUAUUCGGCAGCAGACGAUGCCGCGCGGCGUUCGCCAGGCCAAGGCCAACAUCGUCGGCAACAGGCCCUACGCGCGGAUUUCGCCGCGCAACAUAAAAGCUGACGACGGACCGUACAUCACGCCGGACUACUCCAUCAGUCGCACACCUGACUGGGCUCACACGCCGCAAGAGGCUGCGGAAUACUCGGUCUACCUGGACCGGCACCUACUCGCGAAACUGUACUACGGGCUGCCUAACUUUGACAUCAACGGGAAGUACAUCGGCUCGACACGCGAAGGCCAUCACUCGUCCUACCUCACCAAUACGCUCAUCGACUGGGCGAUUCGGCCGCGUCUGCCUCUCGCAUGCGCCAUGGUGCUCAACCUCGAGUACCGAGGGCGUUGUGCGCGCAAUGCGCUUCCUGUACCAAGGUAUCAGCGCCUCAUGUACACGGACGAGGUCAGCGUCGAGAAGAUCCACCGCGACAUGCACAUGUGCGGUGUAUCACCGGACAAGGUCGACUACGCGAUGGGCCCAACGGUCACGAUCCUCGAAUGGGCGGUCAAGACCAAGUCGGGCAUCGUCAGCAAGAAGAAGUGCCGUUACGCACUUGGUGUUGGACGUGAGCGUCUCUCUCGCCUCCCGCCCAUGCCUCACUCGUACUUGUCGUACCGCGCCGCGCUGCUGGAGCGUAUCCUCCUCGACCACCGCGACGAGGUCAAGAACCUCGACUCGUUCAGCGCGGAAGACUUCCCGGACGUCCUCCGGACGUACUCUCUGGAGAUUCAUGAGCGCCGCCUCGGUUUGCUGUGA